AUGGCGGCCAAGACAGCGGCGCAAACUCCGAUGCCCUCGAUCCCCAACAGGGAGGAUAUCGAUGCAACAUGGAAGUACCUUGUGCACGGCAUCAACCGUGUAAUGAACGAUCUCGAGAAAGGUAUUGACAUGCAGCUGUACAUGGGUGUUUACACGGCUGUCCACAAUUUCUGUACCUCGCAAAAGGCGGUUGGACUUGGUGGUCCUGCUAUGCAGUCAAACCAUCGAGGUGCUCAUCUUCUCGGCGAGGAACUAUACAAUAAGCUCAUCCUUUACCUAAAACAGCAUCUGGACGAUCUCUACGAAAAAUCGAAAUUACACACCGAGGAGGCUCUCUUGGCCUUUUACAUCAAGGAAUGGGGCCGAUAUACGGUCGCUGCCAAGUACAUUCAUCACUUGUUCCGCUAUCUCAAUCGUCACUGGGUUAAGCGCGAGAUUGAUGAGGGCAAGAAGAACAUCUACGACGUCUACACUCUGCACUUGGUCCAAUGGCGGAAACAUCUGUUUGGCCAGGUCUCUACCAAGGUUAUGGACGCCGUCCUCAAGCUUGUCGAGAAGCAACGAAACGGAGAGACUAUUGAACAUGGCCAGAUCAAGCAAGUUGUGGAUUCGUUUGUGUCCCUCGGUCUGGACGAAGCCGACCCUUCCAAAUCCACCCUUGAUGUGUACAGAUUCCAUUUCGAGAAGCCUUUCCUGGAGGCCACCAAAGAUUUUUACCAAGCUGAAUCAAAGCAAUUCGUCGCCGAGAACAGUGUCGUUGAAUACAUGAAGAAGGCCGAGACGCGACUCGCAGAGGAGGAGGAGCGUGUUGUCAUGUAUCUGCACCAGGAUAUUGCCAUUCCGCUCAAGAAGACUUGCAACCAAGCUCUGAUUGCUGACCACGCGAAUCUCUUGCGUGAUGAGUUUCAGGUUCUGCAGGACAAUGAUCGUGAAGAUGACAUGGCCAGAAUGUAUAAUCUGCUUGCCCGCAUUCCGAGCGGUCUUGAUCCUCUACGAACCAAGUUUGAGAACCACGUGCGCAGGGCUGGGCUGGCAGCAGUGCAAAAAGUUCAAUCAUCUGAUGGUGACAAACUUGAGCCCAAGGUGUACGUUGACGCGCUGCUGGAAAUACACACCAAGUAUCAGGCAUUGGUCAAGUACGCUUUCAACGACGAGCCAGAGUUCACCAGGUCUCUGGAUAACGCCUGUCGCGAGUUUGUCAAUCGCAACGAAGUCUGCAAAUCGGGGUCCAACAAGUCUCCCGAGCUACUCGCCAAGUACACCGAUGUGCUUUUGCGCAAGAGCAGCACCAGCAUCGAAGAAUCCGAGCUGGAGCGUACUCUUUCGCAGCUCAUGACUGUCUUCAAAUAUAUCGAAGACAAGGAUGUCUUUCAAAAGUUUUACUCUCGCAUGUUGGCAAGACGUCUGGUUCAUGCCAACUCGUCCUCCGACGACGCUGAGACUAGCAUGAUCAGCAAACUGAAGGAAGCAUGCGGUUUCGAGUAUACCAAUAAGCUACAGCGCAUGUUCCAGGACAUGCAAAUUUCCAAAGAUCUCAACAAAGAAUUUCGCGAGCAUCUCGCCGGCAUUGACAGCCAAAAGACGAUUGAUUCGACAUUCUCGAUCCUAGGCACCGGAUUUUGGCCGCUGCAAGCGCCCAGUACGCACUUCCAGCCUCCGCCAGAAAUUGGUGGCGAGAUUGAAAAGUUUACUCGUUUUUACAAACACAAACACGAUGGCAGAAAGUUGACCUGGCUGUGGCAUCUGUGCAAGGGCGAAAUAAAGACGGGCUAUUGCAAGAGCUCCAAGACACCAUUCACCUUCCAGGUCUCUGUUUAUCAAAUGGCCAUUCUCCUUCUCUUCAAUGAAAAGGAUUCAUAUGUCUACGAAGACAUGCUGAGCGCAACUGCACUGAGCACCGAGGUUCUCGACCAAGCGCUGGCUGUUAUUCUCAAGGCCAAGGUUCUUUUGGUUGCCGGGGGCGAAAAGCCUGGACCCGGCAAGACAUUCAACCUCAACUACGACUUCAAGAACAAGAAGAUUCGUGUGAACCUGAACCUGGGAGGUGUCAAGGAAGCCAAGCAAGAAGAGGCCGAGACCAACAAGACCAUUGAGGAGGACAGAAAGCUUUUGUUACAGUCUGCCAUUGUCCGAAUCAUGAAGGCCCGCAAGAAGAUGAAGCACACGCAGCUGGUCAGCGAGACUAUUAACCAGAUCCGCACGCGUUUUGUGCCCAAGGUUGCAGACAUCAAGAAGUGCAUAGAGAUUCUGCUGGACAAAGAAUAUCUUGAGCGUCUAGACGACGAUGAGCUUGGAUACCUUGCGUAG